AUGGCAUCAACUACUAAGAUAGAAACCGACUUUCCUUACUCUUUAGUCAUCUCCAUCCCCCUCCCCACCAACCGCCUGGCCUCCGCAGCCCUGCAAGCCAUCCAAGUCGACAAAGAGAUCUCUCCACUGGUGCACCGAAGUUUUGCGCUCAAGUCUCCUGAUGUCAACGGUGAUGAUGCCGACGAAAGCAAGACUGUGCUCGAGACGACGUACCGCGCCACGACGAAUCGUAUGCUGCGGGUCUCUGUAAACGGGUUUAUGGACACGCUGGGGGUAGUGUUGGGGGKGAUUGAGGAGUUGGAUGUUGAUGUGCUGAGUGAGGAGUUGAAGUGA